CCAUUUCUACUCUGUUUGUCUCUCUCCCCACACAGUUCCAUUGCAGUGAGAUUUACCAUUUAUUGUUAUCGUCUAUCGAUCUAUCUGUUCAAAAAAACUCGGAAAGAGAAAAAAACAAAGAAAUAAAAGAGCUCGAGACAUUGGCAAAUUUUAAAGGUUGCCCAUUUCCUUUUUGGGGUUUUAUAAUCUUCGAUCAUGAGACCAGGAAGUGAUCUUUAGACUCGAAAAGAUCACUUCUUUUCUGUUCAAUAUGUGAAGCGGAUUAUGAAGUGGGUUGGUCUCUGACAGGAUAUAUUUUGAGUUAUUAGCUAUUGCUUUUGAAUUUUCACAAGGGGCAUAGUUUCAUGGCUGGGAGUAAUGAAGUUAACCUCAAUGAAAGCAAGAGGGUGGUUCCACUUAAUACAUGGGUCCUUAUAUCCAAUUUCAAGCUGGCUUACAAUCUCCUUCGUCGCCCUGAUGGCACUUUCAAUCGCCACUUGGCAGAGUUCCUUGACCGAAAAGUUCCAGCAAAUGCAAACCCAGUUGAUGGAGUUUUCUCUUUUGAUUUUGUCAUUGACCGUGGGACCAGCAUCCUCAGCCGGAUCUAUCGACCAUCAGAAGGGGAGCAGUUGCAACCAAAUAUUGCUGACCUUGAGAAACCUGUAAGCUCUGAGCUUGUCCCUGUCAUUAUAUUCUUUCAUGGUGGAAGCUUUGCACACUCGUCUGCAAACAGUGCUAUAUAUGACACAUUAUGUCGCCGGCUGGUGGGUAUUUGCAAGGCAGUGGUAGUCUCUGUGAAUUAUAGGCGUGCACCUGAACAUCGAUACCCCUGUGCCUAUGAUGAUGGAUGGACAGCUCUUAAUUGGGUUAACUCAAGAACGUGGCUUCAGAGUAAGAAAGAUUCUAAAGUUCAUAUAUACUUGGCAGGGGAUAGCUCUGGCGGCAACAUUGUACAUCAUGUAGCUGUAAGAGCAGUUGAAUCAGGUAUUGACAUAUUGGGGAACAUACUGCUAAAUCCCAUGUUUAGUGGGCAAGAGAGAACAGAAUCAGAGAAGCGAUUAGAUGGAAAAUAUUUUGUCACUCUACAAGACCGGGACUGGUAUUGGAGAGCUUUCCUUCCUGAGGGGGCAGAUAGGGAUCAUUCAGCGUGCAAUCCAUUUGGUCCAAACGGUAUAAACCUUGAAGGAAUGAAAUUUCCCAAGAGUCUUGUUGUGGUAGCUGGUUUGGACCUUAUUCAGGAUUGGCAAUUGGCUUACGUUGAAGGGCUCAAGAAGGCUGGCCAAGUUGUGAAACUUCUAUAUCUUGAGCAAGCAACAAUUGGCUUCUACUUAUUGCCCAAUAACAAUCACUUUCAUACCGUCAUGGAUGAGAUAAGCAAAUUUAUAUUGAAAAGAAAACGGGCUUGGCUUCCCUAUUGUUUGACUGUCAGAAACUCAGGUAUCUGGAUUAAGAUUUGCAAGAAAUUGGAGGCUUGUUGGGUCCCAUUUAAAGCUUCAACUUUUGAAAUUAUCUAUAAAUAGAAGCUACCUAGAGCUUGGGGAGAGCAGGUAUAUGAGUUGAUUAUCUAAGCCAGCAGUCCAAGUUGGAAGAGACUACAUUGUAAUGUCGGUAUAAUUUGUUUGACAUUAUUGUUGAAAUGUGUUCAUUAUAAAAACAUUAAAAAUGAUUAUUUCAAAUGACUUUUUUACAUUAAUAGUUAAAAGUGUAUGUUUUUCUUCCCCAAAAAUAAAAGGGUUCAACAUCAAGUUACAGGCUUUUUUAGCCUGCUAUGUUUUUGACAUAAUGUCUAGAAUACUGGGUUUCUGUAUUUGGUUCUUUA